GUUCGUCUGGCUGUUUAUAUAGCGGGGAGAGAGAGAGAGGAGAGAGAGGGGAAAAAUGAGUUUGACAUACGCAACGAGAAGAGCAGCUCAGAAGGAGCGAGUGAGGAUUCUAUACAGAAGAGCCCUCAAAGAUUGUUUAAAUUGGGCUGUUCAUCGUCAUCUUUUCUAUCAAGAUGCAUCGGAGCUGAGAGAAAGGUUUGAAGCCAACAAAAAUGUGGAAGAUCCUGACACAAUCGACAGAAUGAUCUCAACGGGUGAAGCACAUUACAACAAGUUUCGACACCCUGAUCCCUACAUCGUUCCAUGGGCCCCUGGUGGUUCUAAAUUUACGCGAAACCCAGCACCACCUACCGGGAUCGAGAUAGUCUACAACUAUGGACGAGAAGACAAUGACUAAGCCAGCUUCCAACUCUGAGCAAUAAAUAAGAUGUUCUACUGUGCUGUCAAUUGGGUUUUCUUUCUAGACGUGUUGUUGCGAAAUCUUGUCGAGUUGGAAUCAAAAUCCUCUACGAGAAACUUUGACAGAGGACAAGUUUUUUAUUUAUUUAUUUUGGUUGCUUCUUGGGAGAAUGGUAGAUUUGAAACUUGUUUGCGGAACUCAUCUGCAUUAUCUGACUAUUUGAACCCAAAAUUUCUGAUCAAAUUUCUUUUAUCCUCGUUCUUAGAA